AUGCCAUCGACGAGCCCAUCUUCGCCUGUGAACCCCAACGAUCGAGGCCGUGGACCGGCGAUUCUUGGGGUAGCGUGGGCUUUGACCAUAGUCUGUUUGAUUUUCACUGGCGUUCGAAUUUAUAUUCGUCGUCGAGCACCAUCCGUUCUCGGCUGGGAUGAUUGGCUCAUCGUCGUCGCAGCUCUUAUCCAAAUCGUUCAUACGGGGUUCGUCACGGAAGCGUGCCACUGGGGCGCCGGGAUGCACGACGCCGACCUUACGCCAACCCAAGAAAUUAACAUCCUGAAGUGGUUCUGGAUAUCUACCACCCCUGCGCUGUUGGUAUCCAUUAUAUCGAGGAUAUCAGCAGCGAUCUUGCUGAUUCGCAUCUUCGGAAAGAAAAUAUGGUUCAAAUGGUAUUUGAUUAUCUGCACCGCUCUCCAGAUUCUUAGCGGCAUCAUAGCCAUCAUAUUCAUUUGGAUUCAACAAGCGCCAAUCGAAUCCGUUUGGAAUCCGAUGAUCAAACCAACCCACAAGAGACCGGCUCAUCUUAACGAUUAUUCUGCUUACCUAGCCCAAGCGCUCUUUGCAUUUGCCGACUUGUCUUAUGUCAUCCUUCCUGUUUGGAUCAUAUGGCGGCUGAACAUGUCGCUAAGGACGAAAGUCGGACUUGGCAUCAUCCUCGGUCUAUCGUGCAUCAGUUUUGUCGGCUCGGUUAUGAAAGCAGUGACCAGUUCGGAGGCAAAAACCGAAUACGCCUCCAGCUUGGUUAUCCUCUGGUCAGCACUCGAACAAACUCUAGUCAUCAUCAUCAGCUGCGUUCCGGCUAUCCGCCACGUAGUGCUCGCUGAAAUUCCGCUUGUCAAGUUGAUCAGCGCAUCGAUUGUUCGUAUGAUCAGCCGGGAUAGUUCUAGGAAAAGUUCAGCGCUAUCAUUACCACACUCGGCCCACUCGCAGUAUCAGGAUCUAGAAGCUUCUGGUGGCAAACUGCCUCUACAGAGCCUCUCUGUUUCGGAGGACACAGUCGCACAUAAAGCUACGCACGAGGGAGGAGGCAAGAUGGGCAUAGAGAUGAAGAAUUUCACUUAA